AUGAGAAGAGUGACAUAUUCUUUGAGGAAUAUCGUCGAACACUUUCCCUGCAAUUCAUUCCUCAAGCCAAUCUCAUCCCUUUCAAUCCACCCAAAUCGCCAAUCUCAAUCACGAGAAGCUUCACCGACACAGGAACCAUAUUCACUUGUCAAGCAAGAUCCUGUCGAUAUCUGCCUCUCCCUCUGGGUCAAAUCAUUCUCUUCUCCUCCUCGUGCUACUUUCUCGAACCUCACAGGUUUCCUCUCCAAAUUCGACUUAUGGAUCCUAGCUUAUCAACGCACCUGCGCUCACGUCUCCGGAACUUUCCCGCCGCGAAAUGCAAUCCACGCCAACGCCCUACGCUCGCUUCUCUCCCUCCAACAAGCCGUCACGCGUCCCGGCGGCAAAUUCCGGUGGAACGACAAGAUGAAUCAGCUCGUGAGGAGCCCCAGCGAUAAAUUCUCGGCGAAUGGAGGAGAAGCUAUGUCGAAAGGGAAGCUAAGAAAGAUUAUGGAGUCAGAAGAGCCGAUUUUUCAGGAUCGGGUGGUCCAUGAGGUUCUAUUGAUGAUUGUGGAACCUUUCUUCGAGGCUCGGUUCUCGAGUAAGAGCCAUGGGUUUCGACCAGGUAGGAAUCCGCAUACUGUGAUUAGAACUAUCAGAAGCAACUUCGCCGGAUACUUGUGGUUCAUGAAAGGCGAUGUUAGUGAAAUGCUGGAUCAUGUUGAUGUCCAUGUGGUGAUGAACUGCCUUGAGAGAGUUGUCAAGGAUAGGAAAGUUCUCGGCUUGAUCGAAUCCUCUCUGAGAGUGUCUGCUGAUGAUAAGAGCGUGCUAAAGCGUGCCGUCGUCGAGAAAAAUGGAGAUGGAUUGGGUGUUAAAAGGAGGAUCCAACGUGAGAAGAGGAUGAGGACGAAGAAGAAGAUUUUGAGUGACGAUGAGCCAAAACCGGAUCCUUAUUGGCUGAGGACGUUCUACAGUUUUGCUCCUAAGGAAGCUGCGAAGGUGCCUUGUUAUGGCCACUGUGGAAUAUUGAGUCCUUUGCUUGCUAAUGUAUGUCUUGAUGAGUUGGAUCGCUUUAUGGAAGCGAAGAUAGUUGACUACUUUAGACCUUGUAGAGAUGAUUCAAUAUGGAAGGAGUCUAUUGAAGACGGUUGUCAUAACCCAGCCUGGCCAGAGUUUGUUCCAUCAAGUGGGAAGGAGAAAACUAGGAAAAUGGAUUACGUUAGGUACGGUGGCCAUUUUCUGAUUGGGAUCAGAGGUCCCAGAGAGGAUGCAGUGAAGAUGCGGAAGGAGAUAACUGAGUUUUGCGAUAGAGUUUUCGGUUUGAGGCUGGAUAAUUCAAAAUUGGAGAUUGAACAUAUAAGUAGAGGUGUUGAGUUUCUUGACCACAUAAUUUGCAGGAGAGUUAUUUACCCUACGCUGCGUUACACUGGAAGCGGAGGCAGCAUUGUGAGCAAAAAGGGCGUGGGAACGUUGCUCUCUGUGUCUGCAAGUUUAGAACAAUGUAUCCGUCGAUUCAGGCGGCUUGCUUUUGUGAAAGGUGACAAAGAUCCAGAGCCUUUACCUUGCAACCCAAUGCUUUAUUCAAGCCAGGCUCAUAGUAACUCUCAGAUGAAUAAGUUUCUUGAAACAAUGGCUGAUUGGUACAAGUACGCCGACAAUCGAAAGAAGGCUGUUGGGUUCUGUGCUUAUGUCGUGAGAAGCUCUUUGGCUAAGCUAUAUGCCGCAAGAUAUAGGCUUAAGUCUCGUGCCAAAGUGUACGGCAUAGCCUCACGGGAUCUAAGUCAUCCGUUAAGCGAGAGUAGCAAUAACUCUGCACCUGAAUACUCUGAUCUUCUGAGAAUGGGACUUGUCGAUGCUAUACAGGGAGUUCAGUUUUCUCGCAUGUCUUUGAUUCCGUCCUGUGACUAUACUCCGUUUCCCAGGAAUUGGAUCCCAAAUCAUGAGCAAGUUUUGCAUGAGUACGUCAGGCUACAGGACCCUAAAUUCUUCUGUGAGUUGCAUAGGUCAAUAAAACGCCAGGGUCUGUCCGUGCCUCAGGAUGAGAUCUCAGAGGCUGUGUGGGAUUUCAAGACUGUUGGUGCUUGGAGAUCAAAGUAUGGAAGCUUUUAUUCUGUUGAGACAUUUCUACUUCUUCUAGCUCUCAAGGUUAGAUAUCCAGACCGUAUCACUCUCAUUAGAGGGAACCACGAGAGCCGCCAAAUCACACAGGUAUAUGGAUUUUAUGACGAGUGCCUGCGUAAAUAUGGCUCUGUAAAUGUCUGGAGACACUGCACAGAUAUCUUUGACUACUUGAGUCUUUCAGCUCUUGUCGAGAACAAGAUAUUUUGUGUUCAUGGAGGUCUCUCUCCAGCUAUUAUGACUCUAGACCAGAUCAGGACGAUUGAUAGAAAGCAAGAAGUACCACAUGACGGUGCCAUGUGUGAUCUUCUAUGGUCUGAUCCAGAAGAUAUUGUAGAUGGAUGGGGAUUGAGUCCUCGCGGUGCCGGAUUCCUUUUCGGUGGCAGUGUUUCAAUAGUCACAGUUUGGUCUGCUCCAAAUUACUGCUAUAGAUGUGGUAAUGUAGCCGCAAUUCUAGAGCUCGAUGAGAAUCUAAACAAGGAGUUUCGAGUCUUUGAUGCUGCCAAACAAGAAUCUAGAGCAGCUCCGACCAAGAAACCUGCACCUGAUUAUUUCUUGUGA